AUGAAAACAGAACUGGAGGAAGACCGUGAAGAACUAGAGAUAGAGAUAAAGAAGCUGCAGCAGCAAUCCACUGACUUGGAGGAAAAACAUAAAUUACUUGAAGAGACAAAAAGAGAUAUUGAACAAAUGAAACGAGAGAAUGACCAAGAGAAAAUCGAGUUGAUGGAGCAGAAAAAAAGAUUGGACCUCAACGAGACGAAAAUUAAAACGGAUAAAGGUCUCCAAGAACUACAGACAGAGAAGGAAAAGCUGCUGCAGCAGAUCUUCAACUUGGAGGAAGAAAAAAAUAAGAUAAUAGAAACAUCAGAAAGAGAUAUGGAAGAAACUAAACGGGAGAAUGAGAAGGAGAGAACUGCUUUGAUGGAGCAGAAAAAAAAGUUGGACCUCGAGAAAUAUGAACUUGUGAAAUCAAAAAGAGAACAUCAGAGAGAAAUAAAAAUGCUGCAAUCAGUAAAGUCCAACUUGGACGUGCAAAGGGAAGACCUGGAAUCCAGUUUCCAAGAAUUGGAUCUGGAGAAAAGUGAGUUGGAAUUUAUUGAGGGAGAAAUUCAAGACAAUUAUAAAAAAACUAAGUCACAGAAAAAGAAGCUGCAGCGGCAGGUCAUGGGUUUAGAAGCACAAAAGAAAGAACUGAAAGAUGGCUUUAAACAACUGGAACUAGAACAAAAACAAUUAUGUGACAUUAAAGAGAAACUGCAGGAAGAGCGUGAAGAACUAGAAGAGGAAAAGAAACAAUCUCAAGAGGUGAAUAAAACUAUUGAAAUUGAGAAAGCUUUCAUGCAGGAAAUUAGUAAGGAACUAAGAAUUAAAAAAAAGAGUCUGCAAAAACAGGUAAAAGAAAUUGAGAAGGACAAGAAACAACUGGAGAAGCAAAAGAAGAAAUUGCAAUUGGAGAAAAGAGAAAUCAACGAGACGAAAAUUGAAACGGAUAAAGGUCUCCAAGAACUACAGACAGAAAAGGAAAAGCUGUUGCAGCAGAUCAGGUCACAGAAAAAGAAGCUGUGGCAGCAGGUCAUGGAGAAACUGCAGGAAGAGCGUGAAGAACUAGACGAGGAAAAGAAACAAUUUCAAGAGGUGAAUAAAACUAUUGAAAUGGAGAAAGCUCUCAUGCAGCAAUCUAAAGUAAAAGAAGAGGAAAUUAAUAAGGAACUAACAGUUAAAAACAAGAGUCUGCAGCAACAGUUAAAAGAAAUGGAGAAUGACAAGAAACACCUGGAGGAGCAAAAGGAAAAAUUGCAAUUGGAGAAAAGAGAAAUCAACGAGAUGAAAAUUAAAACAGAUAAAGGUCUCCAAGAACUACAGACAGAGAAGGAAGAGCUGCUGCAGCAGAUCUUCAACUUGGAGGAAGAAAAAAAUAAGAUAAUAGAAACAUCAGAAAGAGAUAUGGAAGAAACUAAACGGGAGAAUGAGAAGGAGAGAACUGCUUUGAUGGAGCAGAAAAAAAGAUUGGACCUUGAGAAAGAUGAACUUGUGAAAUCAAAAAGAGAACAUCAGAGAGAAAUAGAAAUGCUGCAAUCAUCAAAGUCCAACUUGGACGUGCAAAGGGAAGACCUGGAAUUCAGUUUCCAAGAAUUGGAUCUGGAGAAAAGUGAGUUGGACUUUAUUGAGGGAGAAAUUCAAGAAAAUUAUAAAAAAACUAAGUCACAGAAAAAGAAGCUGCGGCGGCAGGUCAUGGGUUUAGAAGCACAAGAGAAAGAACUGAAAGAUGGCUUUAAAAAACUGGACCUGGAACAAAAACAAUUAUGUGACGUUAAAGAGAAACUGCAGGAAGAGCGUGAAGAACUAGACGAGGAAAAGAAAAUAUUUCAAGAGGUGAAUAAAACCAUUGAAAUGGAGAAAGCUCUCAUGCAGCAAUCUAAAGUAAAGGAAGAGGAAAUUAAUAAGGAAUUAAGAGUUAAAAACAAGAGUCUGCAGCAACAGUUAAAAGAAAUGGAGAAUGACAAGAAACACCUGGAGGAGCAAAAGGAAAAAUUGCAAUUGGAGAAAAGAGAACUCAACGAGAUGAAAAUUAAAACAGAUAAAGGUCUCCAAGAACUACAGACAGAGAAGGAAGAGCUGCUGCAGCAGAUCUUCAACUUGGAGGAAGAAAAAAAUAAGAUAAUAGAAACAUCAGAAAGAGAUAUGGAAGAAACUAAACGGGCGAAUGAGAAGGAGAGAACUGCUUUGAUGGAGCAGCAGACAAGAUUGGACCUCGAGAAAGAUGAACUGGUCAAAUCAAAUAAAAAACAUCAGAGAGAAAUAGAAAGGCAAACAGAACAGAAAAUCAGUGAGAUGAAGAUUAAAAUGGAGGAAUGUCUUCAAGAAUUCGAGAGAGAGAAGACAGAGAUGCUGCAGCAGAUCUUCAAUUUAGAGAAGAAAAUUAAACAACUUGAAGAAGAAAACAAAACCUUGGAGAUGGAGAAAUCUCUAAGAGAACAAUCAGAUCUAAAAUUGGAGAAAUUAACGAAACAAUUAACAUUAGUAAAGAAUAAACUGCCGCCACAGAUGAAAAAACUGAGGGAUGAGAGGAAACAACUAGAAAAAGACACGGAGACAUUGGAACAGGAGAAAAGACAAAUGAAUGAGAUUAAGAUUGAAAUGAAGGAAAUGAAGAAGGAAACGCUGCUGCAGCAGUUCAACCAUCAAAAAGCAGCUUUGGAAGAGAAGAAGCUGCAAGUUCGGAACGAGAUGGAUGAAUGGCUGGAGAGGAAGCUUGACUUGAAGAAGGGGAAAAAUCUGAUCAGUGAAAUUAACGAAUGCUUGGAGAACAAACAAAGAGAACUCCAAGAGCUUCCUGCAAAGAAGAAAAAGAGGGGAUUCUUCUCAAGGAUGUUCAAGAGAAGAGUAUCAGACCAGUAG